GCGAUCUUUGUCACAUUGAGCCAUGGAUGACAAUGUGCCGAGCUGUACACAUGGCACAGAGGAUAUUGAUUUCAUCCUGAUGGGUCCGAGUGGAUUUUUAGGUGCUGCAAUUCUCCGUUAUUUGCAGUCCUCCAGUUUUUCGGUUUAUCCAACAAGACUUCGGCUGAAAGAUAGGUUGGGGUUGGAAGCGCUUCUGGAUGAAAUAAAGCCAAAGCUUGGAGUUAUAUGUGCUGCUGGUGAGCGUGGGAGACCAAACAUUGCGUGGUGUGAUUCCCAUCCUGUUGAAACAGUCGAUGCAAAUAUCACUGGACAGCUGUCCGUGGCGGCUGCGUGCCAUGAACGCGGACUUCACGUGAUACUGGUGGGAACUGGAGCCCUGUAUGUCACAUCGGAAAAGAAGAGAAAAUUUUCAGAAAGUGAUCCUCCGAACGGUGGCUCACCCGGAGUUUAUACUGCUCUCAGGCAGAAGAUGGAGGAGUUGACCAAUUUCUUUGAAAACGCGCUGGUCAUCAGAGUGCUCUAUCCACUCAGCUCAGACCUAGAUGCACGAGGCCUUUUGGGCAAGCUAGCAAGGUUUCAGCAGGUGGACAGCGUGGAGACAUCAGUUACAGUCCUGGAUGAUUUGAUACCCCUUUUACCAGUCCUGGCAAAGCGAAGGGCUGCUGGUGUUUUCAACUUUGUCAAUCCAGGGACACUAUCCUAUGCACAGAUAGUUUCGCUGCUGGCAGAGAGGAUAUCUUCAUGCGCCGAGUGGACUCCUCCGACGAUUCGCGGAGCAGGAGCUGGAAAUAAGGCUGCGGCAGAGCUUGAUACCACUCGUUUGCAGGACGCAAUCGGGGUGCCAAUACCGCAGGCCUCAGAAUCGGCCAAGCGCAUAGUGGCAGAUUUGAAAGAUGACGAGAUCAGGCGUUUUGUACAAAGUCUACAGAAAGCACCUUAGAAAUCUUAGAAGAAAUGGAAUGGCAGCGCUUAGUGCGAAAAGGAUCGCAGCAUUGUUUGAAG